AUGCCCUGGAAAAAAUCUGGAUUCCGCACGGAAUUUGAAUGCUCAGAGGAGCGUGAAGACUACUGGAAAAAGCAACCAUUCAAGAUGCCGUCUGGAGUGCCACUUGACAAGUUUCCGGGUCUCAAUGAGGAUCACAUCUGGGGCUCUCUCCAUGACCGAUACAACACGGCGCCCAUGGUCAUCAUGGACAAGACAGCCUGGUACAGUGACGUGAUCGACGUCAUUUCAGCCUCGGAAAAUGUCGACGAAGUGCACGCAGAGCUGGAGAAGCGCCGAAAGCAGCGGCUUGACGAAUGCGUCUCUGUUAUUACUGACACCGAGUCCUGGAAGCGCAAGCACGAGGAUUCAGAAUCCGAGGGCAGUCGCGACAAGAGGCCGCGUACUAUGACACCAGAUGAUCACUUAUGCGCAACGGAGCAACGCACUAGCGGUACAAGGAAGCGCAAGCGCGGGGAUGUAGAGUCUGAGGCCGGUCGCAGUAAGCGGCCACGGGCCAUGCCGCCACCGAGAGAGACCAGCCAAGGCGUGAGCAGCUACGAGGCUUCUCCGUCGGCGCCGCUCAUCCCCGAAGACAGAUGCGAGGAUUCGGGAUCCAGCAUCAGUCACGAUAAGAGGCAGCAGUCAAUGACACCGCCGAAAGACGCUGGUCAAGACCUGACCAGCCCCGAGGCUUCCCCGUCAGCGCGGCCAAUCUCUGAAAACAACCCGGAUCCCACUGUGAUUGACAAACUCGAGGAUUCAGGAUCCAGGUCAGGUCACGAUAAGAUUCAGCGGGUAAUGACACCGUCAACAGACGCUGGUCAUGGCCCAACUCGGCCCGGGGCCUCCCCUUCUCUGCCUCCCAUCUCCCAUGAUAGAUGCAAGGAUUCAGGAUCCAACAUCAAUUCCGGCAAUGGCCAGCGGGCAACGGCACCACCGGCAGACGCCGGCCAUGGCUCAAGCAAGACCGAUGCUUCCGUCCCUGCGCCGCCCGUGUCCGAUGAUAGAUGCAAGGAUUCAGGAUCCAGCACUGAUGACGGUAAGAGGCAGCGCGUAACGACACCACCGGUAGAUGCCGGCCAUGGCCCGAGCGAACCCGGUGCAUCCAUCUCCGCGCCGCCCGUCUCCGAAAGCAGAGUCCCCAUCACCCCGGAGAACAAGGACAGCACACACCGCCGCGAACAGGCCGCUGUCAUCUUUCAGGGAUGA